ACACCCGCGAGCAAUCAGAAUAGAAGCGCUCAAGCUUUCCACAGUCCAUCCACGCGAGCAACAUGUCCUCAGACGUGCAACUGCGCGACGGAGCGAACCGAAUGAGCACCGGCAUCACGGACACACACCAAGCGAGGAGCGAGAUCGCCUGAGAGCAUAUACACACCAGAUACACUGUAGAUUGCCUCCCUGCCCAGGAGAAUUCUGCUCAUCUGAGGUCGGGUCCACUAACCACCCAGCAGGAAGCAGGAUUUCCAGGUGUGAAGGCUUAUGAGCAGUGCUUUUCCUGAGGGAGCUUUUCCUGAGGCAGGAACAGAUGGACGGAAUGAACUUCACGUUGGGGAAUUCCUCUGAGGGAAAUGAAACAGAGCCAGAAGUGGAGACGAGCUCGUAUAAAACAGUGGAGGUGGUGUUCAUUGUGCUAGUAGCAGGCUCACUUAGCCUGGUAACUGUGGUCGGGAACAUACUGGUAAUGCUCUCUAUAAAGGUCAACAGAAGCCUUCAGACUGUCAAUAACUACUUCCUCUUCAGCUUGGCAUGUGCUGACUUCAUCAUCGGGCUUUGCUCUAUGAACCUCUAUACUGUUUAUAUUGUCAUUGGUGCCUGGCCACUUGGCCCUGUAGUGUGUGACCUGUGGUUGGCUCUGGACUAUGUGGUCAGUAAUGCGUCGGUCAUGAACUUGCUCAUUAUCAGUUUCGAUCGCUAUUUCUGCGUCACAAAGCCACUGAGUUAUCCUGUAAAGAGGACGACUAAGAUGGCAGGGAUGAUGAUCGCUGCUGCCUGGGUGCUGUCCUUCAUCCUCUGGGCUCCUGCUAUUCUCUUUUGGCAGUUCAUUGUGGGUGGACGCACCGUACCAGAUAGGGAGUGUUAUAUCCAGUUCUUUUCGAAUGCCGCUGUUACUUUCGGCACGGCUAUUGCCGCAUUUUACUUGCCUGUAAUUAUCAUGAUGGUGCUAUAUUGGCAAAUCUCUCGAGCUAGCAAGAGUCGCGUGAAAAAGGACAACCGCAAGCCUUCAGGCACCAACACCGGAACUGGAUCUCCAGGUCAAACCCGCAGCAACGCAGCCAACAAGCUGGACAACAACAAUGUGAUGGCAGAGGACCGUGAUAGGAAUCAAACCCAAACUACAGAUGAAACCAACCAGCAUGACAGCAAAAUGCAGAAUGGCAAAGGGCCAUCCACAGCAAGUGGCGAGAGAGAAGGGGAAGAAACAACUCGGGACAACUGUCUCCCUGUUGAGGAGAAAGAGAGCUCCAAUGACUCUACUUCAGGCAGUGGGGCCAUGGCUCAUCAGAGGCCAGAAGCCAACAACACCCAAACACCUGCACGGCACCAUGCCAAAUCUGGUGCCUCUAAACUUACCUGCAUUAAAAUCGUCACCAAGUCCCCCAAGGGAGACUGUUAUACUCCUUCCAACACCACAGUGGAGAUCGUACCGGCAGCCGAGAAGCAGAACCAUGUGGCCCGCAAAAUUGCGAAGAUGACCAAGCAGCCCCCCAAAAAGAAGAAAGCAGCUCCUUCCCGGGAGAAGAAGGUGACACGUACCAUCAUGGCUAUCUUGGUGGCAUUCGUAGCCACAUGGACACCCUAUAACGUCAUGGUUCUCAUCAAUACCUUCUGUUCCAGCUGCAUCCCUAACACGGUGUGGACCAUCGGCUACUGGCUCUGCUACAUCAACAGCACCAUCAACCCUGCGUGCUACGCUUUGUGCAAUGCCACAUUCAAAAAGACCUUCAAACAGCUCCUGCUUUGCCAGUAUAAAAACAUACGCUCGACCAGAUGAGCUGCAAUAUAAGUAUGCAUGUUUGCAUGUUUUUUGUGUGUCUGUGAAAAGGUUUUGAGUGAGCGUAAAAACCGUGGCAGCUGGAUGGGGCUUGGUUUCUGGUGGUUUUUGUAUCAUGUGGUUCUGUUAUUGACACCCUGUUGUAGCACUUUACACACAACACACCUAACAACACAACACAACACACAUAAGCAAAUAGUUCUUUAUGAUUUAUAUACCGACAAGAACAGGUUUCUAAGGAUUCAAAGUAUGGAAAAGAUUUGAAAACGACCGACUGACAUAAAUAAAGGAAAGCAAAUGAUUUCUAUAGGUUUUUGUAAAAUAAAAAUGUAUAAAACCAUUAUGUUAAAUGUAAAAUAAACAGCAUGAAUAUACAUAUACGUAAUAUAUUCGUUCUGUGUGGCAGAAGACUGGAGCAGAAACUCCAUGUUUGUUUGAUAUAAUGUUAUCUACAUAUAGUAGAGUAGCUAAAAACAGAUUUAAUUUGAGAGAGCAGUGUAAUACUGAAUCUGUUCUCUUAAAGGGACAAUAGGGCUGACUGAACACUCAAACCUAGGGUUUGGAGUUCAGUGUAAAAUAAUAUGUGUAAAUAUUUGUAUGUAUCCUUGUAUAGUAUUUGCCAUUGGUGUGUGUGUGUGUGUGUGUGUGUGUGUGAGGUAGAUUUUAACUUUUACAGAAAUUAUAUCUGACUGUCUUUUGGCUGCUUUGUGUGUGUGUAUGUAUGUGUGUGUUUGUGUGUGUGUGUGUGUGUGUGUGUGUGUUGCUGGCCUAAAGCUGAAUGAGCUUUUGGAAAACCACUUUGUGGUAUCCACAUGUAAGAGUGGGAGUGUGGGGCAGCGUGAAGUGCUCAGGCCUCCAGAGAUGCAAAUUAAAGGCUUUUAAAAUGAUGGCUGAUGAGCAGGGUGAAGAGACUCUUCUAUAUAGAGCUGUUACCGUAGACUUUUUUUUUUUAAUAACUCGUUGCACACUGUUGUUUUGUUGCAAUGUCACAGGAAGACAAAAAAAAACUGUUCAAGACAAUGAAGUAUCUAUCAUGCAUGGUGAUAACCCAUCUCUAGUUAUUUAAAACCCACUGCAAAAAAAACCCUCUUUAUUGCUUUCUCAUGAAAGAUGCAGAGAUGCAAAUGUAUGCUCAUGCCUGCAGCAAGAUGUUCAUUCAUGCAGUCUGCAGGUGGUUACGGCAUACCGACAAGCCCACAGCACUGUUCCAGAGGGAUCCUGUGUGGUUUUUUUUUUUUUUUUGUAACAGCAUGUGUAGAGACUCAGAGCUGAUGAUGAGAAAGGACUAAACAUUGGGUUGUUUAUGCAUAAUGUGGGAGUAGCGAUAGAGCUUCCUCUGAGUCUACCUCUCUAUGGCAUUGUGGCUUUCAAUCCAUGUGUGUGUGUGUGUAUGAGAGAGAGAGAGAGUGAGAGAUCACCCCAGAAUGCGGGUUAUUCUAAAUCACAGGCUUUGGCCUUGUGAAUUAAAAGGGCUAGAUAUUUUUGCACAUUUCAUCAUGUAGCAUCAUAUAAAUAAAAUAAAAUGACAGCAAUGAAUAUAUCUGAAAAUAUCUUGAGUAAAUCAUUGUUUUUCCAAUUACACCAAAUAUAAAAUGAUUAAAAUUAUUCCUAAACAUUUUUACUCAUUUCAAGCUUUGCUUCUUUUUUUGUAGAUUCUUUCUGAUCUUAGGAUAUAUUUUAGUAAUUAUAUAAAAUACCAGACUAAUGAAACAAUAUUCUAAAUAUUUUCAUUUGCUAGUCUUUUUUUUUUUUUUUUGCAGGGUAGACAAUUGUUUGCUUUCAGUGAAGAAAGCUGUUGUAUUUGAGUAACUUUAAUUCCUGAGAAAUUCCUCUUUCCUUUUAUAUACUCAACCUCAACUGUCCAUCUGUUAAUGUUAAUGCAGGAUGUUGGCUAAUGUGAAGGCUUUAAAAGACUGGUGUCAGGAAGCGCUCUGAAUUUUAAUGUGAAGAAGCCGUGUUUUUGCCAAAGGGCAAUGGAGUGGAGUGAAUCUUUAGUCUGACUCGUGAGUAGAAUAAAGGUUUACGCUGAACAGUGUUGUUAGAGUUAAGGAUUUCGGCUGCAGUGUUUGAAGCAGGAGCAGGUCCUUGCUAUAGGCAAUGAGAUACAGAGCAAUGUGGAUUAAAGUAAUAACACAAUCUCACGGUAAGAUGGAUCAGAUUAUCUGGUGAAGCUGAACGCUCUGUGAGAUGGAAGAUUCAGCAGACUCAGGGGCUGCCUGCUCCUGCAACUUUUUUAUAAUCUCUUUAUAUACAAAUCAAAAUAUUUAUUAAUUUUAAGAUUAAGCUUUUCCUUUUCACUUCCAUGCUCAGCAAUCAACUUGACCUAAUAAUAAAUCAAUACAUAAAUAUUCACGUCUCCUUCUAAGAGACAAUUUCAAGCUUAAAAAUUAUUAAUAAUGGCUAGAAUCUGGUUAAUCUUGCUCCAUUUGCAAACAGUUUUGCUCAUUUUAUGUAUUUAUUUCUAGAAAAACCGAUUUGCUAUUACAAUAAAAAAAAUCUCACUGCCAUAUUUAGCAUCCAUCAAGUUACGUAGUCCUCAAAAAUGGGAACGUCAAGGGGCAGGAGUUUCUCUGUCCCACACUCAGGCUAUUGUCAUUUUCAGUGAAGGAAAGGCUUUGGAGAGGAUAUUUAUUAAUGGAGUUUACUGGUUUAGUUUAUUGAUGUAGUUUAAAGAUAUUCUGCUGCCAUCAAAAUCUUGUUUUAUCCCAAAUUAUUAUAUAUAAUAAUCUUUGUCAUAUAUCUUACAUCUUAUAUAUAUAUAUAUAUGACAAAGAUUGAGAGAGAUAUGGAGUGGAUAGUGUCCAUAUGCGUGAAAUAGUUGUUUUCUCAUGGAAUUCUGAGCAAACCAUGUCUCCUUUUUCCAAUGCUCAAAUAUUUGAGUUCUAGUUUCUUUCUGGUUUUUGCUGAAAAUGUAAGAAAUCAUGAAACCUGGCAACCCUAGUUGCAUGUUUUAUCAAAUACCAUUGAAGAAACGUAUACCAGCUGCCAAAGUUGCUCUAGAAAUUUGUUAGAAUAUAAAUGAUAACCUUUCGCCUUUAUUUUGUUUGAGGCAAAAUGUCAUUAUUAAUGCUGUCCUGCCACGCCAAAAUCUCUAGUCACGAUCCACUGCUGCUUCUAUCUCUGAAGUGUCCAAUUUACCACUUUAAUCUGAAGUGCUAACAAAGGUCACGACUACCGCAGUUCUUGUCCAUCUCAGGCAUGCAUGUGACAUCGCUGGUCAGGACAAGUGACAGAAAGUCCGAAAAUGUGCAAGACAGGCAGGUCGUCUGAGAGAGCAGUCUGUCUGUUUACCUGUUUCACCCCAGACACACACACAACACUUCACGUUCUGUAUUCCUGAUUGAGGGAUGGGUCUGAUAGGCACUGCAACAAGGCACAGAUAGCAGGAGUGUUACUCUGAGUGUUCAGCAGAGCAGGAAUUUUUCCACUAAGAGCUCUAUGUCCAGCUCUGGUUGUAUCUCUUGCACCGUGACCCGUGAUGUGCGAACACAUCCUUACAUGGUGUCUAUCAUAUUCAUUAUGAGUUAAACGUUCUGCCUAGAGAGGAGUGUGUGAUAGUGUGGAGUGGUGGAUAACAAGAGACAGCUGUUUGUGAUUGACAUGUGAGUGAUGAUGAGACGUCGCAUGGGCAGGUGGUUGGCAUUUGGCAGAGAUCUGUAGACCCCCUGUCAGGUACGGGUUUGUUAUGAGUUGCUGUGGUAGAGGGAUAAGACUUUGUUCUGCUCUUGGAGAGAGAGAGAAAGAGAGAGAGAGAGAGAGAGAGAGAGAGAGAGAGAGAGAGAGAGCGCGCGAGAGAGAGAGAUCUGCUAAGUAUUCCACAAGUACUUAUCUUCUCCAGCUCCGGUAGCAAAUGUUUGGUAACUUGGCUGCAACCCCACUGGCCCAGAGAGAGAGCAGAAAGAAAGAAAGAGAGAUAGAGAAAAAAAGAAAGGGGUGGGGGGAGAAAGAAAGAAAGAAAGAAAGAAAGAAAGAAAGAAAGAAAGAAAGAAAGAAA